CCCGCACAGAGAAAAAAAUAAAAAUAAAAAUAGAGGAGAGAGAGCGAAUCGAAGAGAGAGAGAGAGAGAGAGAGAGAGAGAGCGAGAGUGUGUGUUUUUCACUUUCGCGCAAAUACAAAAAAGAAUUUUAUUUUCCAAACAGAUCAGAUCGAACCCUAAAUUCAAUUCUCAAAAAUCUUCCAUUUUCGCAUAUCUGAAUCCCUAUUUGAAAUUCUCUGUUUACAGAUCCAAUUUUUUUUUUUUUAAUACACUCUUCUCUGUGUAAUCUGUAAUACGUAUAUAGAUAUUGGUUAGUGGUCGGGUUUAAAGGGGUUUGUUUGUUUUUUAAUUUUUCGGCCAUGGCGUGUAUUAAAGGGAUAAAUAGAUCGGCCUCGGUGGCGCUUGCACCGGACGCGCCUUACAUGGCCGCGGGGACGAUGGCCGGUGCGGUGGAUCUGUCGUUCAGCUCUUCUGCUAAUAUCGAGAUCUUUAAGCUGGAUUUCCAGUCUGACGAUCGGGACCUAGCUCUUGUUGGAGAAUCUCCGAGCUCUGAGAGAUUUAAUCGUCUCUCUUGGGCUAAGCCUACUGGUACUGGUAAUGAGCAGUUUGGGCUCGGACUCAUUGCUGGUGGUCUCGUUGAUGGCAACAUUGAUAUCUGGAACCCACUCGCUCUGAUCCGUUCUGAGGCAAGUGAAAGUGCUCUUGUUGGACAUCUCACGAGGCAUAAAGGGCCUGUUCGUGGCCUUGAGUUUAAUUCAAUUGCACCAAACUUACUUGCAUCUGGUGCUGACGAUGGUGAAAUUUGCAUCUGGGAUUUGGCAAAUCCUGCAGAACCUUCUCAUUUUCCACCUCUCAAGGGUAGUGGUUCUGCUGCUCAGGGUGAGAUAUCAUUCUUAUCGUGGAAUAGUAAAGUUCAACACAUUUUAGCAUCUACUUCAUAUAAUGGAACAACGGUGGUUUGGGACCUAAAGAAGCAAAAACCAGUAAUAAGCUUCUCGGAUUCGGUUAGAAGGCGCUGCUCUGUUUUGCAGUGGAAUCCUGAUGUUGCCACUCAGCUUGUAGUUGCAUCAGAUGAAGAUGGCUCUCCUGCUUUGAGGCUUUGGGAUAUGCGGAAUGUAAUGUCACCAGUCAAAGAGUUUGUGGGACACACUAAAGGUGUAAUUGCAAUGUCAUGGUGCCCUAUUGACAACUCCUAUUUGCUUACAUGUGCCAAGGACAACCGAACUAUUUGCUGGGACACAGUUUCUGGAGAGAUUGCUUGUGAAUUGCCAGCAAGCACCAACUGGAAUUUUGAUGUACACUGGUAUCCAAAAAUACCCGGAGUUAUAUCAGCAUCUUCAUUUGAUGGGAAAAUUGGCAUUUACAAUAUUGAGGGCUGCAGCAGAUAUGGUGUUGGUGAGGCUGAUUUUGGUUCAGCAUAUUUGAGAGCUCCAAAAUGGUAUAAACGUCCAGUUGGCGUAUCUUUCGGCUUUGGAGGCAAGCUUUUGUCAUUUCACCCUAAGUCAUCUGUUUCGGGUGCUUCACCUGGUGUUUCAGAGGUUUUUGUACACAGCUUGGUUACUGAACAGAGUUUAGUAAGUCGUUCCUCUGAAUUUGAAGCUGCAAUACAAAGUGGUGAAAGAUCGUCUUUGAGGGCUUUAUGCGAUAGGAAAUCACAAGAGUCUGAAUCUGAGGAUGACCGAGAAACAUGGGGCUUAUUAAAAGUUAUGUUUGAAGAUGAUGGUACUGCAAGGACAAAGCUUCUCACUCACCUUGGAUUCACCUUACCUGAGGAAGCAAAAGAUAGCGUUCCAGAUGACCUAUCCCAGGAAGUUGAUGCUCUUGGACUUGAAGAAACAACUGAUAAAGUGGGAUUCGGGGGUGAAAAUGAAGCCACCAUUUUCCCCACUGACAACGGGGAAGAUUUCUUUAACAAUCUUCCUAGUCCUAAAGCUGAUACACCGUUGGCAACCUCUGGUGAUAAAUUCAUUGUUGGAGAUACUGUUCCUGGUACAGAACAAAUGCAAGAAGAGGUGGAUGGAAUUGAGGAGAGCACUGAUCCUUCUUUUGAUGAAUGUGUUCAGCAUGCGUUAGUUGUUGGAGACUAUAAGGGGGCUGUUGCAAAGUGCAUAUCAGCAGAUAAGAUGGCCGAUGCUUUAGUUAUUGCGCAUGCUGGUGGAACAGCAUUGUGGGAGAGUACACGGGAUCAAUACCUUAAGAUGAGCCGUUCUCCUUACCUAAAGGUUGUUUCAGCAAUGGUAAACAAUGAUCUCCUGAGUCUUGUAAACUCUAGACCCCUCAAAUUUUGGAAAGAGACACUUGCUCUUCUCUGUAGUUUUUCAUCCAGAGAUGAGUGGACUUUGCUUUGUGACACACUAGCUUCCAAACUCAUAGCUGCUGGCAAUACACUGGCUGCAACUAUUUGUUACAUUUGUGCGGGAAAUAUUGAUAAGACGGUAGAGAUUUGGUCAAGGAGUUUGAAAACUGAUCAUGAUGGGAAGUCGUAUGUUGACCUUCUUCAGGACUUGAUGGAGAAGACUAUUGUCCUUGCUUUUGCGUCAGGGCAGAAACGGUUUAGUGCAUCUUUGUGCAAGCUUGUUGAGAAAUAUGCUGAAAUUUUAGCUAGUCAAGGGCUUCUAACAACAGCAAUGGAGUACCUAAAACUUUUGGGUUCAGAUGAAUUGUCACCAGAAAUUGUAAUCUUAAGGGAUCGUAUCGCUCGUUCUACAGAAUCUGAGAAAGUUGAGAAGGCGUUGCCUUUUGAUGGAUCAUCUACUCCAAGUGGAGCUGUGUAUGCUGCUGAUUCUUCUAAUUAUGGCGUCGUUGGGGCAUCUUCUACCUAUUAUCAGGAACCAGCAUCUUCACAGUUGCAGUCAAAUGUUCCUGGCGAUACAUAUGGUGGAAACUAUCAACAACCUGUUGGUUCUUCAUAUGGAAGAGGAUAUGGUGUUCCUUCCCCAUAUCAGCCUACAUCACAGCCUGCCCCAUAUCAGCCUGUAUCACAGCCUGCCCCAUAUCAGCCAUCACAGCCUGCUCCAUAUCAGCCUGCAUCACAGCCUGCUAUGUUUGUUCCAUCGCAGACGCCUCAGAUUCCUCAGGAGAAAUUCCCUGUACCUCCUGUUUCCUCUCAGCCUUCUGUGAGGCCCUUUGUUCCAUCAACUCCUCCUGUCUUGAAAAAUGCAGAUCAAUAUCAGCAGCCUACAUUGGGUUCUCAGUUGUAUCCUGGAACAACAAACCAUGCUUAUCAGCCUGUUCCACCUGUGGCUGGUGCAGCUGGCACUCUUCCAUCACAAUUGGGUGCAGUUCCUGGCCACAAAAUGUCAAAUGUUGUUGCUCCCUCUCCUCCACCAAGAGGAUUUAUGCCUGUCACUGGUUCAGGAGUUGUUCAAGGACCUACUUUGGGUUCAAUACAACCACCUAGUCCUACUCAAUCAACACCAGUACAAACUUCUGUGACACCUGCAGCUCCACCUCCUACUAUACAGACGGUUGAUACUUCUAAUGUUCCAGCCAACCAAAAACCUGUCAUCACAACUUUGACGAGACUUUUCAAUGAGACAUCAGAAGCUUUGGGAGGUUCACGAGCAAAUCCAGGUAAGAAGCGUGAAAUUGAAGACAAUUCAAGGAAGAUAGGUGCAUUAUUUGCUAAACUCAACAGUGGGGACAUAUCUAAAAAUGCUGGUGAUAAGCUUGUUCAGCUCUGCCAGGCAUUGGAUAAUGGUGAUUUUGGAACUGCCUUGCAAAUCCAGGUACUUCUCACCACUAGCGAGUGGGAUGAGUGCAACUUUUGGCUAGCUACACUCAAGCGAAUGAUCAAGACCAGGCAAAAUGUGAGAUUGAGUUGAGAGGGCAUAAAAUCUUAAAAAAUAUUUCGGUUGCUUGUUUCAAAAAUUUUCAUGUGUGGUUAUGAUCUCCAAGCCCUGAUCCUCCGGUUCUAAAUUUGUACACAAGAAUGGCAUUGCCAGAUUUCAGCUUCAGGGUUUUGUCCUUGUUAUGCUCUUCCUCACAUCUUGACUGGCUUUCAAUUAAUUACUUCUUUGAAGGCAACAACUAGUGAGUUUGAAAAGCAGUUAGUGAAGAUAGUUUCAGUGCAUUAAUGGGACUUUUCUUUUGACAGAUAGCAUUGAUUUUUUCUUUUUUUCAAUUUAAUUUUGUCCUUAAAAGUUUAUAGAAUGUUUAGCCAAAUUGUAGCAUCAUUGUGUUUUCAUUUAUAUGAACACCAUAUUUUAAUAACAUGACUCCAAAUUUUGUUGCUUA